AUGUCUUCAUCGUACACAGUAUUUUUCGACGACUACUGGUUCAAAACAAGUCUUCCUAGUAUAAUCGUGUACGCCGUCGUUUCCGCGUUCACUAUCUUUGCUAAUCUGCUUCUUUGUGUGGCCUUCUGGAAAGAUCCCUUCGGCGAAUUGAGAACAGCUCAAAACUACUUUAUUCUAAAUAUGGCUAUCGCAGAUCUUGUUAUGGGCGUCAUUUCAGAGCCAUUGUUAGUGGUCACGUAUUGGCAUGAUAACAACCUGAUAUACUUCAUUCAUUACCUGUUCGCCGUUCUUUCUGGGACUUGCUCUCUAAUGAACAUCACGGCGCUGUCUAUAGUCCGUUACUAUGCUGUAAAGCAGCCCUUUCAGACGCAAAGUAUUGUUAGUGAGCGUAGCGUGAUGAUUGGAAUCGGCUUUAUGUGGGUAACAGCUUUUCAUUAUCCCAUAUUACUCUUGCUUGGAUGGAGGAAUGACAUGUUUCAGCUUUAUUUGUAUGUUUUUGCUAGUAUCAUUCCCACUAUAAUUUUUACCGGGGCUUAUUUUCUGGUAUACAAGACACUGCGUCGUCACAGUAUCUCGCUGAAGCAGCUCGGAGAGGGAAAAAGUUUGGCUCUUAGCAACGCUCUCCGUACCGAAAAAGCAGCAACGCGAACAGUUUUGAUAGUUCUUGUGGCUUUUUUAAGCAUGUGGAUUCCUUUUUUGAUCAUAGACUUUAUUAUCGUUCAUUGCAUAACUUGCAGAGACGAACAGUUUCAUCUUGCGAGAGAUGUUACCCUCUCGCUGGUUUAUUUCAGCAGUGGGAUAAAUCCCGUAAUUUACGCGUGGCGGGUGAAUACGUUCAGGAGAGCUUUUCUGCGUGUACUGGGCAUAACGAAGCCAUUUUCCUCGCCCGAGACGUUGUGGAAUAGACUUCCCAACACCAAUCGUAAUUAUCAGUCAACGACCGUUAGUUUCAUCAGAAUUAAGAGAGAAGGACGUUUGGAAAUAAACAGUCCAAGUUUAAAGUUAGAAGAUAUAGACUCCAUAAGUGGUCAAAUAACUCAAGAAAUAGACCCAAGCGAAUAAUACUUUUGAACAUGUGGGCCCUUGCGAAAUAUAUGU